GUUCAUUGGCAGGUGUAGUUUUGAUUAUUUUAGCUCAUAGUGAACCAUGAAAGAGAGCGACAAAUUUAUUCCAUCUUGUGAGCACCAUGCAACGGAAGAAUUAUCACCAACCAAAUCUGAGGAUUCUAAUCUUCAAAACACUCCUGAAAUUCCCACAAGCUUGCCUAGUCGAAUUGAACUAGUUCGGCCUAUUUAUCAUCAAAUUUCAGAUUUUUGUUUUGAUUUUGAUUCGGAAGGUAUUCUUCGUCAUAUUCAAACAGGAGACACAUUCUGUGUAAAGGUAACUUCAACAGGCCCUUCACUUAAAAGACAAGAAAUUAUUCGUGCAAUUUGUACACGUUUAAUUCGUCAACGGCUAUUUACUUUAAAUAUGGAAUCAAGUCAAGUUCCGAUUCCUGGACAUCCUACUCACUGUAUGAGAGUUUUACAUUCUAAAAAUUUUUUUACCCACAAAGGUCCCAUCAUUAUUUUGUUACAAGGGGGUGGGAUUGCUCAGGCUGGCGUUUGGGCUCCUCGUCUUCUAUUACAUCCUCAACAUGGUCUACAGUCUGGCAGUCAAAUAUCUUUAGUCAAAAAAGCACAUGAACAAGGUUAUGCAAUAGCUAUUAUCAAUGCAAACGAACAUGUCCCAAGUGAAGCAGAAAUGGAUGCUAUGGAAAAAUUUCCUAAUCCUUCUUGUCCAUUAUUCAAUGUUACAGAAUGUGUACGUAUUGAUCAUAAUCUUAAGUCACCUGUUCAUGGCAAUAAUCAUGAUGUACCAAUCUAUCUUACUUUACCUGAUCAUUCAAAUAAGUUAAUAUUACCUGCGCUUGACAGCAAAUCUCACCAUCCAGUUGCUUUCGAUUCAAGUUUAGAAAAUCCAAUACUCUUUGUACCAUGUAAAUCAUCUACUGAACAAGAAUCCAAACAGUUAUUUCGAUCGUGUUUGACAAGAACACCGUCAUCAUCAUCAGCUUUAUCAUGUUUACUCACUGGAUCGAAUUCUACAUCCAGUUCAACUAUGCGAACAAAUUCUAACCUACAGAAAACACCUGUUUGCUGCGUGAAUUCAAUUUGUUCGACGAAUGAAACUUGUUUAACUUCAUCGACUACUGAUUUGACGUUGAAUACGCAUGUAAAAUCUGUUGGUUCGACAGUUAACGCACCUUCAUCAUCCUCAAUGUUAAAUGCUACUCAUUCACUGAACUACGAAUCACAGUCACAAAAACAUGUGUUUUUAGUUCCAUCUAAUAGUAUCGCUCUUAAGAAUUUGAUACAGGUUCCACAAGGUAGAAAUAUUGUUUCAGAUGAUAUGAAUUCACUUAACUCAUCUAACUGUCAAUCAUUUGUUGAAAAUUCAACUUGCGUGAUAAAUUCCGGAAAUAAUAUUACUGCUGUUAAAAAAUCUUCAAUCAUCUGUCAUUUUCCCGUAACAUCAAUGCCAACAGCAUCAACAACAACGACACUACCAACAACAUCUGAUAUACCAUCAUACUCCAUUGAAGAUAAAGACCGAAAUUUUCCAAAGGGUCGUUCAUUAAACAAUGAUCCAAUAGUGUCAAAUAUUUCUGUAGAGGAUCGUCUCUAUGGCAUAUGGCGUCAACUUAUACCACAUUGUGCAUCAAAUCAUAUAUUAGUUUGGGCUCAUCAACAAGGUGCCAAUGCAUUUAUUCAUCCAUUCAAACCGAUGCCUGAUGUGUUUCCUGGGUUUUCAUUGCCAGUUCCAAUUAAUUCACGUAAGAAAUUGUCUUCAACUCCUAUCAACACGGAUAUAAAACAAAUGUCAGAAAAACCGAUUAUCCCACCUUCCAUGCUUGAUAAAUGUCCGGAAUCCUUAUCCAAUAACCACAACAAUCUGGAUUCUGUAGUUCAGCACAACUCUAAGAUGCGGAUUAAUAAACAAUUAGAGUGGUCAACUGGUUGUUUAUCAAAAGUAUUAAAAAUUUGGCUUAUUUUAUUGGUUGUAUGCUUGUUUACUUAUAUAAACUGUUUAACUAAUGAAGCAGCUCUUAUCCUGGUGGUUCAAUUCUGAAGAAACUGAAUAAGCUCAAUGGGAACUGUAUGUGCAGUAGUACAGAAGUGAUAAAUUCAAGAGGGUUAAUGAUUGUGCAUUAUGAAUUUCAACUUAGAAACCUAGUAAUAACGAAUUCAAUGCAUACACGAUAUUUAAUUGCAUGUUAUAUUUUUUAAAAAAAAUAAAUCACUUAACAAAACACAUGAGACUUUUUUUGAUAGAUGAUCUAUCAGCAAAACAGAAUACACAUGAAAGUAGAUGGAAAUAGCUAAUAUAAGAAAUCAUAUGAUCACAUGACGGAUGCAUAAAGGAGUUGCUUGAAAUCACUAAAUUACAGUGAAAUGAGUUAAGCACAUGAAGUAUUAUUCAUGUUUAAAUAGACCACUAAGUGAGAAAUCUUGCUUGUACUCAACUGUGUAAAAGACAUUUUUAACUGAAUGCUGUCGGUAAAAGUCUGAGAGGAAGAGGGUUUAUCCUGUUAUGGAAAUCAUUAACGUUUACUAAAUUGUCUACGAAGGUUUCCAAUAAAAUAUCUUUUUUCUACUUCAGCAAGUUGUUCUUAAAGUAAGGGAAAAAGGUGGGAUUUUCCUGUUCAAUUACGUUGACGUACAAUUGUAGUCUAAAAAUGGUAUUAAUGGACCAAACACUUUUUUUUACCUUCAGAAACUGUUGAAACGUACCGGUUGACACAUUCACUCUUCAUACGUUUCGUAAACGAUAUCAAUCAUAAAAAUGUCUGCGGCUCCCAACAGCAUUAAAGGGCGAAUGCUCUUCAUUCAAUCUCCUGUCAAACAACGGAACCAUGAGCUUCACUCAUAAACAACGCAUAGUAAACCAUGGUUAUAUGCCAUUGACCUGUUUCCGGUGAACGAUCCACCUACCAUUCGAAGAUGAGCGAAGGAUUGACAUCCAUAACCAAUAGCUUGCCUAAUUUAUUAUUAUACUGGAUAUUUGCAGAAACAUUGUCGUCAGCUACUGACGAUGCCGAUUCAUUCUGCACACGCAUUUAAUAUAAAUAUCGCUUUCUACAAUGGCUAGCACAUAAAAUAAAAUGUCAGAAAGCUUGAUUCCCCGCAGACUCUUAAUUGUUUGGCUAACUCUUCUUCAAAUGGAAAUCUAACGCCGAGAAAUAUCUCAAAAUAUAUUCUCUCUACCUCGCUGUUCGAUAUAGACAUGUGAAACGACAUAACUGUGAUAAUAAGAUUUCUGAAAUAAUGAUCCUUUGAAGUUAAAAGUUUUUAAUCGUCUAAAAGCAGGUUCUCCAUUGGACGAUUAGAACUAUGUUUUUGAUUGAUCUAAUGCUACAUGGAAAUAUAGGUUUACACCUAGAAAAAGAUUAUUCCCUGAGACAAUAGAUUACUCUAAUUGUAUAGUUUGAGUAAAUAAUGUCAUCGGAAAGAAACGUUUCGUCACUAAACUGUUUUUAAUUCUUCUUCAAUCGUAGGAAGACUAACAUUAGUAAAAGUAACCGUUAAUUAACGAUAUUUAAAUUUUAUUUUUCGAAGUUUCUUUUACAUUUCUUGUUUGAUUCAGAUCACCAGUUGUUCUGUCUGAUACAGUAUCAUAUAACACUUCUAAAAAACCACGUUUAUCUAAUGAAUGCGAUGGAAAUAAUCCUUCUACACAAGUUGCAUAUAAUAAUGUGCCUAGUGACUAUCAUAACAAUGGCAUCAAUAAUAUUGACAAAGCAAAAAUACGUUUUACAAGAAGACGUCAUUUAUCUUCUGGACCUAUACUUAUGACCCAUAAAAAUGAAAAUAGUACACGUAAAAGUGCAUAUAUUUUGGAGCCUACAAAUGAUAAUUUACCUCUUAUUACAAAUGAUGAUGAACAAUCUCAACAAAAUAAACAUCUUGUGACUAUCAACACUAUUCCUGAUGAAAUUAGAGAAAUACUUCCUAAAGAUAUUUCUGAAAUAAUUACUUUGGAACUGUUUAAUAUCUAGAAUCUCCUGUUACAUUUCUCGUAAAUGGCCUUCAUCAAACUUCUAAUCGUUUGAUUAAAUGGUGAAAGUUAAAAUAAGUUCAAAUUUUUCCCGGUCAAAUUUCCGAUUGCUGAGUGUUAACGAAAAAAGAAAUAAUGUAUUCACACGGAAAUCUUAUUU